AUGGCCAUUAUGUCCCAUGCACAAAACACCACCUUUUUGGAAUGGCGGGCCUUUGACCGACAGUUUACCAACAGCGUCGAAGUUGCCUUCAAAGGCUAUUUGGUAGAGCCCUGGGGGCUCACCCCGUACUAUUCUGCACUGGGAAGAGAAUCAAUAGCAAGGCCUGUUGGGGUCAUACAAUCCGUCGGCGCACAGAAUGCACCCUGGUUCAAUGGAGAACUUCUUUAUAUUAACUCAUAUCAAAUCUCAAACUUCAAGCUAGCAUGCUUGUAUAGUGAGAAGUCCUUCAUUUAUGGGUUGGCCGUCAUAGGAGGUUUCCUUCAGAUGGUCGAUGUCAAGAAACAAGGCAUAAGCCUGAAAGCUCUGUUUAGAGACACAGACAUCACCAAUGUGAGAAUGCACGAGCCAGAUGUGGUAGGAGCCAGCUUGGUCAGUCCAGAUCCCUUUGAUAUAGUGUUUGAGAUUGAUUCAACGCCUGCCAUCGUCCGGGGAUCUCUGGUUCCACAAUCAGAUUACAUAAACCGCUUUGCUCAACUUCUAGAACCAACAAUGACUAUUGUCAGGCUGGAAUACCGAUUCUUGUUUUGUCAGGCUUUUGAAGAGGGUACCAUGAUCCCAGACUGGAUCUUCGAGGGACGCGCCCCCUACCUAGUGCACUGCAUCCAUCGAGCCAGACAAAAAUUAUGGACAGAGAUCCUGUGCAGUUCAACAAUCGCUGCUGGAGAAGAUGCAGCUAAAAACGAUGCGAUGAUCCAAAAUUUCAUCUACAAUAUCUAG